AUGCGCUACACGCUUCUUCUUUUUGUCGCCUUAUUGGCUGUUUCGUCAUUUGUUGACGCCAAGGUAAGUAGUUGUACUGUAGGGAAGGGAAAGGGUACUGUAGAAAAUAUUUGUGUUAGGAGUUGAUUGGAAUAACAGACACUACUGUAGGGGUUUGAAAAAAACUUUUUUUAGGAUCAUAAUUAAUAGAGAGGAAACUGAAACUGUGUAUUGCAUUUGGAAUACUGUAGAAUGUUGAGAGGUUUUUUGUAGUUUUUAGAAAUCCUGAAUUCCAGUUUCCAAAAAUCUAGUUCGGAUUAUGGAACUUUCUAGCUGGAUCUCCAAAUUUCCUAAAAUAUGAAUAAAACUAGAAUCUAGGAAAUUUGGAAUCGAUUAUUCAUUAUCCAAUUCCAAGCUCUUUGAAUUGUUCCUGGGUCCAAUAUUUUUCGGACAUUUAUUGACAAUUUUAUAAAAAUCCAACCAACUAAAAUUUUUUUCGAAACUUGUGAACCCCAAGCGGUUUAGUUUGAUAUCUCUUUUUCAAAAAAAUCAUUAUUCUGAUUUACAGAAGAAAGCCGACGACGACGAGUUGGGAGAACUUCUCGACAACAUCGACGCUGACGCCGCCGAAGAGAAAAAGAAGGGUAAGCUGCACUUUCUAAACUUAUUGAAAACCAAUCGAUCAUCUUCCAAGUUUUACCAAUCAUAACACAACUUUUCCUCAUUCUCUCAUAUUUUUCUUUUUCUCCUGCCUGCCUGCUCAUAGAACAGUGUAAUAGCAGAAGAAAAAUAGAAGAAGAAGUUAGUGUAAAAUUGGGGAAAAAGUUUUGCGGAGUGAGUCGGUCGGAGGAAAGAUAAAGAGAGAUGAAGGGGGAUUGGUGAUUUAUUGAGUCGAUCAACUUUUUUGGGAACUUUUUUUGUUGAAAGUGAUAAUGGUUUAGGAGGCUGAUAGGUUUUUGAUGUUCUGGAUGUUUAAGAACUUCAGAAAUUUAGUUUUUUUGAGUGUAUUCUCAUUGCAAGGAUAUAUAAAUCACACACUCAUCCUAAAAUCUUAAAUUUCAGAAGUCGCCAAAAACCCAUGUGAAGAUCAUCAAUGUGGAUGGGGAAAAGAAUGUGUGAUUGACAAGAAGGGACUCCCAACCUGCGAAUGUAUCUCAAAAUGCCCAGAACUCGACGGAGAUCCGAUGGACAAAGUUUGCGCCAACAACAAUCAAACUUUCAACUCAUUGUGCGAUUUGUACCGUGAAAGAUGUUUGUGUAAGAGAAAGUCAAAGGAAUGCGUCAAGGCCUCAAGCGCUAAGGUGAGAUACUCUAGUUUAGUUCAGAAAAUAAUAAAACAAAGUUUGCAGGUUCAUUUGGAAUACCUCGGAGAAUGCAAGAAACUCGACGAAUGCACUGAUGAACUUAUGGCUCAAUUCCCAGAACGUAUGGCUGAUUGGUUGUUCCAAGUCAUGAAGGAGUUGAAGAAACGUCGUGAAUUGCACAAAUUGGAAUGGGAAGAACUCCUCGAUGAGGCUGAAAAUGACGACGAAAAGAAACACGUCUACCCAGUUAUCUGGAAGUUCUGCGAAUUGGACAGCAAGCCACACGACAAAUCUGUCUCACACCACGAAUUGAUCCCAAUUACCGCUCCAGUUAUCCCAAUGGAAUCAUGCAUCAAGCCAUUCUUGGAAGGAUGUGAUGCCAACAAUGACGGAAACAUCUCAAUCAAAGAAUGGGGAAAAUGUUUGGGACUCAAGGAAGGAGAAAUCCAAGAGAGAUGUUAA